CCCACAUCAUAUUCUGAGCUCCUCUUUGGAUUCCUACUAUCUUCUCUUGCCAUGGGAAAGCUUGAGCUAAUUAGUCUUCUAGUUGUGAUCCUCUUCCACAGUAGAGCAACUGUUGCCUGCCCAGUAUGCAACCUCCCACCAUUGCCUCCUAAGCAACCUCCCAGGCUCUGGAGUCCACCACCACCCUCCCCACCAUUGCUACCGCCACCGCCGCCACCAUCGCCACCACCGCCAUCACCAUCCCCUCCUCCACCCUAUGUUGAGCCACCUCCUAAGGUCACUCCAUGCCCACCACCACCGCCAGUAUAUGUGCCGCCACCUGUUCCGAAGCUCUCACCGCCGCCGCCGCCACCGGUUCCAAAGCAGUCACCACCCCCACCGCCAGUGUAUGUGCCGCCACCAGUUCCAAAGCAAUCACCACCCCCACCAACAGUGUAUGUGCCGCCAUCGGUUCCAAAGAAAUCACCACCACCACCUCCAGUGUAUGUGCCGCCACCAGUUCCAAAGCUGUCACCACCACCACCACCUGUGCCAAAGCUAUCACCACCACCACCACCACCACCAUAUGUUGUGCCCAAUCCGCCUCCUAGUAGCACGCCAUGUCCUCCCCCACCUCCAGCCAUGGUGCCGAGCCCGCCAACAGGCCAGACAUGCCCCAUCGAUGCGCUAGAGUUGGGUGCAUGUGUGGACCUGCUGGGCGGGCUGGUGCACAUAGGGCUGGGCAAUGAGAUAAAGGAGACCUGCUGCCCUGUGCUGGAAGGGCUGGCAGACCUGGACGCAGCGGUCUGCCUCUGCACCGCCAUUAAAAUGGAGCUCCUGAAUAUCAGCCUCAUCCUCCCUGUGGCACUCGAUGUACUUGUCACCUGUGGGAAGAACCCACCCGCCGAUUACCAGUGCCCCGCCUGAUGAACUGCUGGAUUUUGUCGGUGCAGGAAGAACGGCAAGGGAAAAUCGAGUGAUAUGGAGUUGGAAAACCAACACAAAUUGCAGAUAAAAGUCGGAUUUAUGUGCACCACUCUCUUAGUUUAAUCUGAAGAUAUCUUAGUUGGGUGAGAAUUGUAUGAAAUAAGGCGUUGCAAUGUAUUGAAGUUCCCCAUCUUCAAUAGUAAUACUUGUAUCCUUUUUAUGAUCA